AUGCUAGCUGGCUCCGUUCGGCUCUGUAGACGAUCAAGCUCGGCCGUCUGUCAUAUCCUGCCCACGCGCACGCCGUAUCGCAAACCGUCACCGCUCAGUUGCUCAGGCCACGCGAGCGUUGUUCGACCCUUGCAAACUCGUUCUAGGACGACAAUGGCGCCCAGCCAAGUCAACAAGACAGCUCAUCCUUUCGAGAGAGCAGACCUAGAGGGCGUCCUCACCCGACGCUUCUUCAUCUGCCCAAGUUUUGAAAUUUACAACGGUGUCGCUGGCUUGUUCGACCUCGGACCGCCCGGCUCAGCACUGCAGGCAAACAUCAUAGACGCAUGGCGAAAGCAUUUCAUCAUCGAAGAGGAGAUGCUCGAGAUUGAGACGACUGCAUUGACGCUCUCGGAAGUACUCAAGACUUCGGGGCACGUCGACAAGUUCACGGAUUGGAAGUGUGACGAUGUGAAGACGGGUCAGAUCUUCCGUGCAGAUCAUCUCGUCGAAGCCGUGCUCGAGUCAAGACUGGCCGGUGAUCGUGCGGCACGCGGCGAGGCAGAAAAAGUCAAGACGGCAGAGGAGCUAGAAGCAGAAGUGAAGAGCAAAAAGAAGAAAGUCAAGUCGACUGCCGUCAAGCUCGACGACAGCGUUGUGGCAGACUACGAGAGUGUACUGGCUCAGAUUGAUAAUUACACGGGCGAGCAACUCGGCGAGCUGAUAACAAAGUACAACAUCAAGUCGCCAGAGACUGGUAACGAUCUGACCAAACCCGUCGAAUUCAACUUGAUGUUUGACACACUCAUUGGUCCUACUGGCUAUAUGAAAGGCUACCUUCGUCCAGAGACUGCGCAAGGCCACUUUGUCAACUUCAACAGACUGCUCGAAUUCAACAAUGCCAAAGUACCCUUUGCGAGUGCACAGAUUGGCAAGUCCUUCAGGAACGAGAUUGCGCCGCGACAAGGCUUGCUCCGUGUCAGAGAGUUCACGAUGGCAGAGAUUGAGCACUUUGUUGACCCGCACGACAAGAGUCAUGCUCGCUUCAGCGAAGUGAAAGAUCAGAAGCUCAGUCUGUUGCCGAAAGAUGUCCAAUCUGCCGGCAAGUCCGAUCUGACCGAAAUGACAAUUGGAGAUGCAGUUGGCAAGGGCAUAGUCAACAAUGAAACGCUGGGCUAUUUCCUCGUUCGAGUGUAUCUGUUCAUGAUCAAGAUCGGCAUCGAUCCUGCCCGAAUGCGAUUCCGUCAGCACAUGGCAAACGAGAUGGCUCAUUACGCCGCCGACUGCUGGGAUCUCGAGAUCCACAGCUCGUACGGUUGGAUCGAAUGUGUGGGCUGCGCAGACAGGAGCGCAUACGAUCUGACGAAACACGCUGCUCGGACGAGUACAAAGAUGGUCGUUCGAGUGCCCCUGCCUGAACCCGUCGAGGUGGACGAAAUCAGAGCCAGCUUUGACAGGAAGAAGAUGGGACCCGUUUUCAAGAAGGAUGCAAAGAUUAUUGAGGAUACAGUAGCGGCGUAUGACGAUGCGAGGUUAGAAUGCGUCGAGCAAGAACUGGCGAAAGACGGCAAGACGAAGAUUGAAGCGGCGGACGGCAAGACUUACGAAUUGACAUCUGACCUCAUCAGUAUUACGAGACAAAAGACUAAGCAGUUCACGAGGGACUUUGUGCCUAACGUCAUCGAACCUUCGUUUGGCAUCGGGCGAAUUCUCUACUCUCUUCUCGAACACAGCUACUGGGCGAGAGCGGAAGACUCUCAGCGUGCUGUCAUGUCUUUCCCACCUCUGAUCGCGCCUGUCAAAGUCCUCAUCGUACCGCUGAGCAACAACGACGCCUUCAAGCCGCUCAUCCGACAAGUACAGUCAAAGCUUCGCGCACACGGCAUCGCUUCUCGCAUCGAUGACUCUGGCGCGUCAAUCGGCAAACGCUAUGCGCGAAAUGACGAGCUGGGUACGCCCUUUGGCUGCACGAUCGACUUUGCCUCGGUCAAGAACAACACGAUGACGCUCAGGGAACGUGAUUCGACUUCGCAGAGAAUUGGCUCGAUAGACGAAGUCGUUGCGGUCGUCAACGACCUCUGCGAUGCUCGUGCUACUUGGGCGCAAGCAUGUGAGCGCUUGCCGGAAUUCUCUGGUGAUCAGGACGUGUAA